CAACCAUUCACCAGUUUAACGCAGAAGAGCUUAAAGAAACCUCUAGCACCAUUUUCGGCGUUUAGCACCAGAACAGCCGUAAGCUUUCCUAUACCAGUGCGAGUAAAAGCAUCCCUGACCUCACUCACUCAACUCAAGAAGAAGUAUUAAGAGAUAAACUACUUCUCUACAUCAACAAGUGGUCCAAGAUGCUGCGUGUAGUGAGACCCAAUACUUACAAGACCCACAUGCCUCCCGUCAGCUCAGAAUUCUAUGACUACGAGGGUAUUGAGGAUGAGGCAGCGGCGGCACUGUUGGCCAGACACAUCGUGGGUCUAGUGCGUCGUGCCCGCAAGACUAAGUUACUCAAUCUGGCCCAACACCACUAUGCAUACCCCACACAGAACACACAGGCUGGAUCCGGAGUACAGUGGCUGACCAAGUUACUACCAGGGGCCAAGACCAGUGUUCCAGUGUUCCUGCCACAGGACUUCUUGCCCCGUGUUGUUAGGGACAUUGUCAGGAUGACCGAAGGAGAAGCUCAUGGAAUCAGGGGCUGCACCUUGUGUGUGGAGAUGUGGGAUGGUGGAAGGCGAGUGGUGAUUGGCAAGAUAAGGUGUGACCCCAAGGUUGUAUCCACCUACACCCUCUACGUCAGGCUUGUCCGAGCUCCCAGCCCUGAGCCCCAGUCCACCCUCAGAUUCUUGAGCAACAGCACCAAGGAGACAAUCUACGUGAGCCCAGGCUACCAGCUGGAGAAGAGACGUCACUCCGUCAACCUCUAACGCUGUACCCAUCAGUUGCGUGUGUCUCAUACCGCUGCUUCUAUCCCCCCCCCCCCAUGUGUCUCAAUCAUGUCCGUACAUCCACACGUUUAUAUAUUCUCUCGAUGGUGUAGUCGCCAACUGUCAUUUACAUUUGUGAAAGUGAAGUGCUGUUGUUUGUGUAAUGUGAGGAACACCUACACCUGUACUCAUGUCAGCACUCCUUUAGCUAUAAGUAAAUCUUCCUAUUAUUAUACUUGACAGUGUAAUGUGUUGUGGUCACCAUCUGCACCACUGACAGCUGCAGCCACUAAUGUACUGUACAGGUAUCAGCUUCAUCAUCAAAGGAAUUUGUUCAUCUUAUGUACAGUAUCAGACACAUGCUCAUAUUCAAGCUAUGGACCAUACUUCAUACACACACACACACGUAUAAUUUCACAAUUAAAUCACAUAGAUGAAUCAUUGUAAAUCAUAUCAUUAUAUUUUCAUAAUUUUCUAAAUAAAAAUAUCCAAUGAA